AUGCCGCGGCGAGUGCGUCGCGCACCCGCGAGCCGCGUGCGGGCCACGAGCUGCGCAGCUCGGCUCGAGCCUGCAGAAGCGGCCAUGGUUCCUUGGUCUCUGCUUUGGCGAUGGAUCUCCUGGGCGGCUGCCUGUCGAGCCUGGGACUCCACGCGGCUCCUCCAGGAGCACCUCAAGUGGGAGUCCUUGGUCGCCGUGGCGGAUGCGUCGCUGCGGGAAGAGGCAGAGUUGCAGAGCCAACGACGUCUCCUGGAGCUGAAGGAGCACUUGGUGCAGACGGCGUCGCAGGUCUGGGCUUUGGCCAGCCCAAGGCAGCUCCUACAGCAAAUGCACGAGAAAGCGUGGCCGGAAGGCGCAGAGCUCUUGGAGGCGGCGGCUGAGCCGUUGGACCUUCAGAAGUUGGGCGAAGUGCUCGUAGCUCUGCGAGUGCGCAUCGACAGGUUGGUGGCGGAUUGGGCGGAGAUGCAGCUUGCUCUGCGCGACUGGAGGAGCGAAGCCGAGCGACAGGCGAGGCACCUGCCGAUCAACCACGGCAUUUUGCUGAAGCAAAGCCAAGUCCUACACCGGAUGCUCUCGUUGCUGCCCCACUUCGACCAAUGCCUGCGGAACUGCAUUGAAAGAGUCAGGCGGCCAGCAGACGAAUACUACAGCGCGCGGCUCUAUUUGCAGGGCUCGCCCAUAGCUGCAUCCCAGCCAUUGAAGAGCGUUUUCACUGGCGAGCCAAAUCUGCUGUCUUCGGAAGUGGAGGAGGCGGAGGUGCUGGCACUGUCUGACAGGCUUUCGGCAUCUGCCGGAGACAGCGUGCACUCCGUGGACUCCGUGGACUGGUGUGAUGGUGCACGGGAGCUCUAUGCGGUUCAAGGCGCAGACCCUUGCGAGGCCUUGGCAGGCACCGCGGCCUCAGUGCUGGCGGAGGUGCAUGGCUGGCAGGUGGGAGCAGAAAGCGCCAGAAAUGCCAGAAAGCUUUUGGAGGGAACAGGAAAGACGUGGCUCAGGUUGGAGGCGGGCGCCAAACUGGCAGAGACAGCACUGCGAGCUCUCUUUUGUGCGCCUCACGCGCUCGUCGGCCUUCUUGCCAAAGCCGGGCACUGCGCUGUGGAGAGGACCCACGACGAGACGACAACGCCUACCCUGAACGAAAGCGUCAUUGCCGCCUCUGCCGCUGCCUCCGAGCUGCAUGCCUUGGGCGAAGACGAUCAGCGCAGUCUCCGAGAGGAGCGCCAGCUGCUGACUCGAGGCGCCGCCAAGAGCCUGGAGAUCUUGAGGGCGACAAGGCCCUUUGCUGAUUUUCGAGGCUUCACAGGCCUGCUGCGCCGAGUGCUGAUGGUGGAGUUCCUUUGCCACAUUAGCUUCGAAGAAGCUUCGACCUGGGCUUUUCGCGUGCGGUCGCGGGGGAAUGCGCUGCAGCUUCGUCUCAGUGAAGCCAGCCAGGCUCUCUCUUCAUUACAUCGCGCGCUCCAGGACCUCCCCAGCUACCGGCUCCUCUCCUUUCAAGAAAUCCAUGCGACGGGUCACUGGGGCAAAACUUCCUCAGGUGCUGGCUCCUCAGCAGCUGCCACGGGGCCCCUCACUGGGAGGUUUCUGGCUUUCCUUUCGCGACUACGCACCACUGGACGGCAUGUCCGGCCGGCGGCGCUGCUAGACAUAGGCUGUGGCUGGGGCGAGUGGUUGCCGACGGCGCUGCGCGCGGCCACGCGGACGGGGUGGUUGCAGGGAAAGGUUUGGUACCAGGGCCUGGACAUCGCCCGCCGGCCCAUCCGGCACCUCCAAAGGGACUUCCAGCAGGAAAGCGACUUUUCCGGCGUAAGAUUUCGCUUUGCAGCCUUGGACGCAUGCGCUGAUGUUUUGCCUUCCUUCUCUCGGCCUUACUCCGUGGUGGUCGUGCGCCAUGUUUUCCAGCACUUGUCCAUCAAGGAUGCUCUGGACCUGCUCAUGAACCUGAAGCGGCUGAAGCCUCCGCCGCGUUUCCUCCUCCUCUCCUCUUGGCGGCGGAAAGAAAACCGGGACCUGGAUGACUUCGGCGGGUCCUCGGCCUUCAGCUUCGUCUCUCCGACGCCCUCGGAGCGCUUCCGAGGAUACGACCUGCGAAGAGCACCCUUUUGGCUUCGACCCUUGGCUGCGUGGCCGGAGAUCGACGGCGAGAUGCUGGUCUUGCAAGGACGUGCGCUGCGGGCGCUCCGCGCGCGAAGAGCUUCUGGCUCUAGAUGGUUCCGCGUCAUUGUAGCUUUCCUCUCUUCCGCCCGGUUGGGCGAAGCCAUCUGUACUGAAAUGGUUGCCGGGCAGGGUGGGCUGCUCCUCUGCAUGCUGCCCCUGCUCUCCUGCGGCUUGACGGAUGCUCGACGUGUCCGUGCUGGGCGCACUGAGCGAGGCAUCCUGGACGAGAUCCAGGAGCUGCUUGGAACGGAGCGGGCUCAGGCGAUCGGCUCUCGCGCGCCUUUCAUGGAAGAGGUCCUCAGGCACAGCUUCGAGGCCCUUCCAAAGACCGGUCGAGGCCGCGUGGGCGCUGCCGUGGCCAAUCAUGCGCUGCACAGGCUGUUUCUGCAAGUUCACAGCUGGCAGAUGAAGGACUUGCGGCCUGUGGCCGGGGCCUGGCACGAGCACAGCCCCACCAUGGCACUCAAGCGUGCGCCUGCAAAGCUGCACGAUGCCUUUGACCAAAAGCUUCAGCAGCAUGGACUGAGCUUGAAUGCCGCUCGACGUCUAUUCGGAGGCAUGCUUGUGCUAUUGUGCUAUCUAUAG